AUGGAGACGGCCGCGCGCGAGGCCCGCGAGCGCGCGGAGAACCUCAACCAUUAUAACAACAAUGCUGGGACGGACGAGGAGGAGGGCGAGAGCAUGCCCGGGGAGGCCACAAGCAUCCCGGAUGGGGAAAGUUCGAUUCCCGGGAUCACCGCGAAUGUCUCGCCCCACGCUGAGGAUACCUCCCCGAUACCGACCGAGGAAAUACCACGGGUUGAGAUUGGCAAGUUGGAAACGACCCAACCGUCAGGGGAUGUGCCAUUCGUCGAGGCUGGCAAUUUGGAAACCCCUAAUUCGAACUCUGUGCUUGUUGAUCUGGCUUCUCCUAAUAAAAAAUAG